UCGUCGGCGCCAGAACGACACACGAGGCGAGACAGAUUUGGUCUUACAACCAACCUCGGGUCACUUGCUGACUUUACGAGCACUCAAAAGUUUGCUUCGAACCGACCAAACGCUCAUCUUGCCAAUUCAGCAAUGAAUUGGCAUAAAAUUCAUAUCCUUCAACGAGGACGCUUCGUCUCAACACAAAAUCUCAACUUUUCACUUCACCAAUCCAGCCAAAAGGCUACAUUUAGCAUCAAAUUUUUUUCUCUUUCAUCGAGAUUAGCGAAUUUCUUAUUUUCAGCCGAGAAUUAA